AUGACAUCAAAAAUAUAUCCUGGUGAAACCCUUCCUUUACAGAAGGAUGUUAACAUAACCUUGGGUCCGGGAGCAUAUAAAAAUCCCAUAACACAAGAAAUCAUCCCCGUCAGUGCUGGACUCCUUCACUGUAAAACCAACAAGAAGCAAACUAAUCAAUUAGUAUAUGUGGAAACUAAAAGUAAAAGAUAUAUACCCAAACUUAAUGAUUUCGUAGUAGGAGUAGUUAAUGGUACAUUGGGGGAAAGUUAUAAGGUGUCAUUACAAGAAGGUUCCAAUAAUGUUUUAUUAUCGUUCAUGGGAUUUCCAAAUGCUACCAAGAAAAAUAGACCAAACUUGAAAAAUGGUCAAGCAGUAUAUGCCAGAGUUAGUCAAGAUGUCCUGGAAAUAGAUAUCGAAAUUGAAUGUAUAGACCCAACUACAGGCAAAGAAGGAGGUUUUGGUGUUUUGGAUGAAAGUGGGUUCAUAUUUGAAGUUCUGUUAAAUUUUGCAAACGAACUUUUAUUCAAUUCCAGUUCGAUAUACUUCGAGAAAUUAAGUGAAAAAUGUAAAUUUGAAAUAGCAAUAGGGUUAAAUGGUAAAAUUUGGAUCAAAUGUGGUGAAGGUAUGAAAUAUGAUGAUAAUAAUGAACUUUUACCUUCCAGUUUGAAUGAUAUGAAAUAUACUGUUGCUGCUGCUAACUAUUUGAAGAAUUGCCAGUUCAUUUCCAAAUCACAAAUAGACCAAUCAUUAAAAGAUUCUUUCAAGCAUCUUCUGUAA